AUGGACGCCGGGCCGUCUUCCAACAUUGUCGCUCACAUCACGGAAAGGAUUCUGUUUCGACGUAUGAUCGAUAUUGGAUUAAACCCAGAGGAGUCCAUGAAAGUCAUGGCCUUUUGGAUGUGGCUGGAGGCCCAAAGCUUCAAAGAACUGGUGCGUAAGAUAUCCUCCAACAAUGACAAAUUUUUGGCAUUGAUCACUGACGAAGCCAAGGCAGUUCUGUCCAUUCUGGACUCCGGUUCGACUGCACCAGUUUUAAACAAUCUUUGUCCCAUUACAUCCAUAUUUUCCCCAUUCUCCAUCCAUGAAAUCUUUGGGGACAAAGAGAGCGUCUCCAAAGGGGUCACGGACGUUUACAACAGGGUUUGCUGCGUGAUAUUUAAGGACUUGUUGGAAGAAAGAGGUUCAAAAGUGAGGACUAGUGAUGAAGAAUGUGGUCGGGCAGGAGACGAGAAGGCUGUUACCAGAAGGGUGAGGCAAUUUGGGGAAGGUACGAGCAGAAAAGUAGCUGUGCUGGACUUAGUUGAGGCUUUCCCAGAUGGGGUUGAGAAAACUUGGCUGCCGAGUUCUUUGGGAAUGAGCGAAGGGGAAGGUGAUGCAGAGAGUGUUCGAUUCAAACUAAAUCCAUUUGCUAAAGAAUGGAAUCCUGCAAUAGAGCGUGCGCCAGAGGAAGAGAGGUGCUUGUUUCUGACUUUCUCUAAGGGCCAUGCUCUAACUGGGAACCAAAUCACCAACUUCUUUAACCGGAAAUAUGGGCAGUGUGUGGAAAGGGUCUAUGUACACAGCCCGGCACAUUUCGGGAAAGUAGUGUUCGAAACACGUUCGAUACCAGCAAUAGUCAUGGGUAAACUUGAGCAGGCCAAGUUCAAUGUCGAUUCAAAACCCCUUUGGUGCAAGUGGUUUGACCCAAUGAAGAAGGGUCUUGCUGCAAAGAAAUAA